UUCUAAUAUACAUCUUUGACCGAUCACCUUUUUCUCUCCAAAUUAAGUCCAAACAAUUCAUCACCUCAUCAAAUCCUCUGUUGCUCUGUCUUCUUUGUCCUUUUCAUUUGUGUCUCCUUAAUUUUGUUCUUCACUAUACCUUUUUCCUCUCCUUUUAUCAAUUAAUUAUUCUUCUUUAUCUUCCUCGUGAUCACCAUCCUUUUCAUUUUGUGCCCUUCUUUCUUCUAUGGCAGUUUUACCUACAAAUUCCUCCGGCUUGGAAUUGAGCAUAUCUGUCCCAGGUUUUGCUUCUUCCCCAACCACCUUUCUCCACUCAUCAUCUGUGAAAAAGUUGGACAUGAACCAACUACCCAUAGAAGAAGGAUGGAUUAAUAUGUCAUCGAAUUGGAACUUAGAAGAGGAAGACGAACAAGAAAACAGCAAUGGGGAUCAUCCUCCUCGCAAAAAACUCCGUCUCACAAAGGAACAGUCCCAUCUCCUUGAAGAAAUCUUCAGAAAAAACCACACUUUAAAUCCCAGGCAAAAAGAGUGUUUGGCAAUGCAGCUGAAGCUUCGACCAAGGCAAGUAGAGGUGUGGUUUCAGAACCGGAGGGCCAGGAGUAAGUUGAAGCAGACUGAACUAGAAUGUGAAUAUCUAAAGCGAUGGUUUGGGACUCUUACAGAACAAAAUCGGAGGUUGCAAAGAGAAGUUGAGGAACUGAGGGCUCUGAAGGUGGAUCCACCAACUGUAUUAUCCCCUUACAGUUGCGAGCCACUCCCAGCUUCAACCUUAUCGAUGUGUCCUCGAUGUGAGCGUGUCACAACCAAUGUCACAGCCACUAACAACAAACCAACCAACGAUGUCGUGAAUAAUUUGUCUCAUAAUAUCCCGAUACAUACCCUCCAAUGUGUCAAGUAUGAAACGUCUUGUUGACUAGAUUUCUUUUGUAUGAAACAUUUAUUAAUUAUAACAAAAGAAUGUGAAGGAUAUUUGUUUUUGGCAAGGAAGAGAACUUAUGUACUAGUCUAUGAGCAUCAUAAACAAAAAAGUGCACGUACUUUAUAUU